AGCUCUGGCUCUAUCACAGUUUUUCAUCAGUUGCAGUCGAAUCUUAACGAUCAUCACACAGCAUCGUAAACCUUUUCGAAUCGCUCACGAUGAAGCUGCACGUGUUGAUCGCUUGCUGCGCGUUUAUUGUCGUAGUUAACGCGUCCGUUUACGUUAAAGGCGGCAGCCGAUAUCCAUUCCCCCGGCCGGAUCCAUCCAACGUUGCCACACCGUCGAAAGGAGCCAGUAACAACAAGCAAUCGUCCUUUGUCAGCAACAGGAGGUACCAGCGAGCGGCUUUGAAUUCUGGCAGCGUGAUUGAAGACACUCCAACGACCGAGUCUAGACGUCAUUCAAAUGAAGCCGCUCCACAGAUACAACAACGGGCGUCCGUUUCAUCUCAACCCACACCUUCAGCUGCUGCAGACAACCGCAAACAGCAAGACGCAGGGGCGGAAUUUGAGGACCAGCGUCCCAUCGAUUUUGAUUUAAACGUAAGAAAGGGAGCGCAAUUCGUUCCCGGGCUUAAAUCAGUGUCGAACUAAAGGCAUUGUUUAGCUUGCCGAUUGGCAUCCAGCCAUACGCGUGUGAUGAAAAGCCACCUUGUCCCUAUGCAUCCAACCUACUUGAAUACAAACAUUUUUUAUUUUAA